AUGACAAGCUCACCAUAUACUGGUCCCUGGACAUCCACCAAAGUUCGGGAGGAAUUCUUCGCGUUCUUUAGGUCCAAAGACCAUACUUUUGUUCCGUCUUCUUCUACAAUUCCUUACGAUGAUCCUACACUACUGUUCGCGAACGCUGGAAUGAACCAGUACAAGUCAAUUUUCCUAGGAACAGUAGAUCCACAUUCGGAUUUGUCGAAACUGAAGAGGGCAUUUAAUUCCCAGAAGUGUAUCAGAGCUGGAGGGAAACAUAAUGAUCUUGACGAUGUUGGAAAAGACUCAUAUCAUCACACUUUCUUCGAGAUGUUGGGGAAUUGGUCCUUCGGUGAUUACUUCAAGAAAGAAGCUGUCGAGUACUCAUGGGAGCUGCUGACUGAGGUCUACAAACUUCCCAAAGAUCGUCUAUAUGUCACCUACUUUGAAGGUGAUUCGAAAGCUGGUCUGGAACCCGAUUUGGAGGCAAAACAAUAUUGGUUGGAUCAAGGAGUACCGGAAGAUCACAUUCUUCCUGGAAAUGCGAAAGAUAACUUUUGGGAAAUGGGCGCGACUGGACCUUGUGGGCCUUGUAGCGAAAUUCAUUAUGACCGUAUUGGUGGACGCAACGCAGCGCACCUCGUUAAUCAAGACGACCCCGACGUCCUCGAGAUAUGGAAUAACGUCUUCAUUCAAUUCAAUCGCGAAGAAGACGGUUCACUCAAAUCCUUGCCCUCUAAACAUGUUGAUACCGGGAUGGGCUUUGAACGACUAGUUUCUGUAGUGCAAGACAAACGAUCCAACUACGAUACGGAUGUCUUCACGCCAAUAUUCGCGAAAAUACAAGAGCUCACUGGUGUCCGACCCUAUGAAGGCCGCUUUGGUGUUGACGACGAAGAUGGCAUUGAUACCGCAUACCGUGUCGUUGCCGACCACGUUCGUACCCUGACCUUUGCACUGAGUGACGGAGGCGUUCCCAAUAAGGACGGUCGAGGAUAUGUGCUGAGACGUAUUCUUCGUCGAGGUGCACGCUACGCGCGCAAGAAGCUCGGAGUUCAAAUUGGGUCCUUCUUUUCAUCCUUGAUGCCUGUUAUUGUGGAGACUAUGGGCCAUAUUUUCCCCGAGAUCACCACAAAAACUGUCGAGAUCAAAGAGAUACUUGAUGAGGAAGAAGAGUCGUUCUCUCGAACCCUCGACCGAGGCGAAAAGCUUUUUGAUCAGUACAGUGCCCAUGUCAAGCAGCAAGGGUCGAACAUACUGAGUGGAAAAGAUGUCUGGCGCUUGUAUGACACGUACGGAUUCCCUGUUGAUCUGACACGUCUGAUGGCCGAGGAACUGGGUCUGGAGAUUAACGACGCCGAAUUCAACGAAGCUCAAGCAGCAUCGAAAGAAGCUAGCAAGGCCACUCUUAAGAAAGGAGCGGGAAACAUUGUUAAACUUGACGUCCACGAUCUUGCCUAUCUGGAAAACGCUGGUCUCCCGAAGACAGACGACUCUGCGAAAUACGGUUAUGGUAACCUCACAGCGACUGUAAAAGCCAUUUUCCACUCCAAGUCCUUCCUACAGUCAACCGUGGAAAUACCAUCAGAGUCCAUCUUUGGCAUUAUCCUUGAUAAAACCAACUUUUAUGCUGAAUCUGGGGGGCAGGAAUAUGACACUGGUAACAUUGUUAUAGAUGGGCUUACAGAUUUCGAGGUUACGAACGUUCAAGUAUAUAAUGGACAUGUUCUCCAUACGGGUUUCCUCAAGUAUGGGCAGCUUGAACUCGGUAAUCAAGUAGUGUCGUCGUAUGAUGAACUACGGCGAUGGCCAUUGAGAAAUAAUCACACUGCGACACAUAUCCUGAACUUUUGCUUGCGCGAGGUUCUCGGAGACCAUAUUGAUCAGCGUGGGUCACUGGUUGCUCCCUCAAAGCUACGGUUCGACUUUUCGCACAAGGCGCAGAUCACUAUACCCGAUUUGACGAAAAUUGAGGCCAUGUCCAUCGAUUGGGUUCAAAAGAACGUGAAGGUUUACAGUAAAGAGCUUGAUUUACACAAUGCCUACAAAAUUCCAGGUCUUCGCGCCGUAUUCGGCGAGUCCUAUCCCGAUCCAGUGCGAGUAGUGUCUUUGGAAUAUGACGUCGAUGAUAUUGCAAAAGAUAUAGAGAAUCCUAUGUGGAGAAAGACCAGUAUCGAGUUCUGCGGCGGAACGCACGUCGCCAAGACUGGAGAUAUCAAGGAGUUCGUAAUUACAGAGGAAUCGGGGAUUGCAAAGGGCAUUCGGCGGAUCGUUGCUGUCACUGGACAUGAAGCGCAGGAAAUGAAUCGUUUAGUUCAGGACUUCAAGUUUCGUAUUGAUCAAGUUUCUCACCUUUCGGAUAAGGAACAAGAUGCUGCGUUGAAAGCUCUUAGCGUGGAAAUCGGUCAAGUUGAUAUCUCGGUAAUCCAAAAGGCUGAGAUGAAGGAACGUCUGGGUAAGAUGCGAAAGAGUUUCGAUAAACAAGUCAAAGAAAAGGAAGCUACUCUCGCGAAAGCGGCACUGGAGAAAUUUCAACAAUAUUUCAAAGAAAACGAAGGUUCAAAUGCUUUUGUUGAGGUUUUGGAUGUCGGUGGAAAUUCGAAGAUACUGCAAAACAUUGCAUUACAAGGUCGCAAAACAGAUAAAGCAAUCUAUGUCUUCAGUAUUGAUUCCGAGAACGGCAAAUUAGCUCAUGUCAAUUACAUUCCACCGUCGAUCGUAGGUAGAGGUGCUGAUGCGCGUGUUUGGUCUGAAAACGUUACGGAUAUAAUUGGUGGAAAGGCUGGAGGAAGGGAAGACUCUGCCCAAGGGGUGGGUAUUUACCCAUCAAAAAUUGAGGAAGCAGUGGCUACAGCAAGGAAGUAUUUAUUGUUGUAUGAGAAGUCAGGGUAG